AACAAUUCAUUUGCCCACAGAGGGAGAGAGAGAGAGAGAGAGGGGUCAAUCAUCGUGGCAAAGAUGAAUUCCGUGUUCCGCGUCGACGAAAUCGGCGACUCCUACUGGCCGCCGCCGCAGCCGCCGCCGUCGGCGGCCGAUCCUGCGCCGGGGGAGAUGGGACGGAGCCAAUCGGAGUGGGCGUUGGAGAGGCUUCUGGCCGAGGUGCCGUGCGCCGGCUCGAUCUCUCUUUCUUCUUCUACGAUCGCGCCGCCGGACCCGAAGCGACUGGUGGAGGGAGGUGAUCUCGAUGACCUCGUCGAGAUCAAGAAGCCGAACGGCCAGCUCGCGCCAUUGAACCAGCCGCCGCCGAAGGUGCCGGUCAAUCCUGAUGACAGCCACGCUUUCCUCAAGAAUCAGCUCGAGAUUGCGUGUGCUGCCGUCGCUCGCAUACAUGAGUCAACUACGAAGCUUGGAGAACCUAGUUGUUUUCCCGAGAUGCCGUUGCCGGCUUCAAUUUCUACACAGUUGGACAUCCAAGCUGAUGGUUCUGGUCAUGGUGUGCCAAUACCACAAGGUGCAGAUAAUGGAUCAUAUGGCAUUCCAGCCUUACCCUCCAUACAAAGAGAUUCAGGUGUGCAAGUUAAGCAAACAACAAGUGAGUCAUCAAGGGAUGAUUCAGAUGAUGAUGAACUUGAAGGCGACACAGGAACCACUGAAAACAAAGAUCCCGCUGCAGUCAGACGUGCUAGAAGGAUGCAGUCAAAUCGAGAGUCAGCUAGACGAUCCAGAAGAAGAAAACAGGAGCACAUGAGUGAACUUGAAAACCAGGUGGGACAACUGAAGGUUGAGCACACUGCACUACUGAAGCGUCUCACUGACACGAACCAAAAGUAUGAUGUAGCAUCAGUUGACAACAGAAUUUUGAAAGCUGACAUUGAGACAUUACGGGCAAAGGUGAAAAUGGCUGAAGAAACAGUCAAGCGGGUUACUGGAAUCAAUCCACUUGUCAUGGCUAUGUCAAACUUGCCUAACUCAGACAUCCCAUUUGUGAGCAGCCCAAUGGAUUCAUUCACAACUGCUGCUAUGCCGAUGCAACCAAAUGCCGACGACUUCUUUCAUCAUGCAGCUCCUAAUAUAACCUCUAUCAACCCGCAUCACCCAAGAUUUGACAGCAGUGGCUUCCCCAGGAACAACCCAGUUCCAGUGCUCGAAAACAUACUAGCCGAUGCAAACAGAUCAAUGCUGGGUGUUCCUGGCCCCUCCGGGACUAUUCCAGGUUGGAGCUCAGGCAUUCCUCCUCCACUGGCAAACACUAACAUUAAACAGAAGUAAACGCCCUGCCUGGCAUCACUCCUUUGUUAGUCAAUAGAAUCUGUCGGAAUAUCUCUAUCUUUACAUGUACUUCUGCAUGGAUCUGGAUUGUCAAUGCAUCUUUAGGGUGUGAAACUAAACUUAGUCCAGCUAAGGAGUGGAUCAUCUGGUGUCACACUAUGUUAUGUAGCCUAUGCAUUGUAAAAUAGAAGGGAAAAGGAGGAGCAUUGGAUGGAAGUGAACGCGAACCCUUUUGUUCUCGCGGAAUCUUCUUGGAGUGCUGUAAUUGCAAAAAGGAUAUUGGGGGUAUCAGAGGAACAGGUUAAUUUUUUUUGCCUGCCUUUUCAUUUCUCUGAA